AUGCUGACAGUGUGUGUGGGCACCGUUUUUAAGCCUCCUAUAUAUUUCUUUCUCAACUAUGUGUCUUUUGUGAACAUCUAUCACUCCUCGGUUAUAGCUCCCAAGAUGAUUGUUAACCUAUUAGCCAAAAGUAAAACCAUCUCCUGUGUGGGGUGCAUGUUGCAACUCUUUGGUGUACAGUUCUUUGGUUGCACUAAGAUCUUCAUCAUUACCAUAAUGGCCUAUGAUUGUUAUGUGGCCAUCGAUAAACCCCUACAUUACAUGACCAUCAUGGACCAGGACAGAUGCAAUAAAAUGUUGCUGGGGACCUUGUUGGGUGAGUUCUUACAUUCCUUUAUCCAGGUGGCUUUGGUGGUCCAGCUACCCUUUUGUGGAUCCACUGAGAUUGAUCACUCCUUUUGUGAUGUCCACCCUGUGCUGAAACUGCCCUGCACAGACACUUAUGUUCUUGUUGUUGUUGGGAAGCUUUGUUAUCUUGCUAAUCUCCUACACUGUCAUCCUGGUAUCCCUGAGAAAGCAGUCAGCAGAAGGCAGGCACAAAGCUCUCUCCACUUGUGGCUCCCACGUUGCCGUGGCCAUCAUCUUUGGCCCGUGUACUUUCACGUACAUGCACCCUGA